AUGAGAAGCAUAAAAUCUGCCAAUUCAUUAGUUUCAUAAAAAAGUCAAAAACUACUAAAUAAUUUAGUAUAAAAAGGAUAAACAAACUAUCCUUUAUAAUAAGGAAUAUAACUCGAUGAGGAUGUCUUAUAAAAAACAUGGUAAUCAUUCGGUCUGUAUAUAUCGCGUUAAAUGAGGAUGGGUCGAGGUAUAUAAAUUCCACAUUUUGGUAUAUUUACAUUUAGUGCACCUGAUUGUAAUUUAAAUGGUGUUACAAAUCCAACAGAAAGAGAUAAACAAUAUCGAAUUCCUAUAUUUUUAGUAUCGAAAUAAUUUGUAAAAGGAUAAUAUGUUAAAACUGGAAUUUUCAUUGAUGGACAUUUACGUCCUUUUAAUGUUUAAACAAAUGGAUUAAUAUAAACAGCUUAAAUUAAUUGGACUGAAAUUUCUAUGUAUGCUGAUUAAAAUAAAGAAACUGUUAAAAUUGCAUUUGAAAGAAUAAUACGUUCUUUAGCAGAUUUAACAAGAAAAUAGUUAAAUGUAGAUAUGGAAAUACCUGCGAUUGGCGUUUUCUAAGUCCGAAAUAAUAUAGCUGCAGUUGCCUUUUAUGAAAGUCAUGUUAGUACUACAAAAAAAAUGCCGAAUAGACCAUUAAGUGAACGAAAAAAAGUUGGGGAAAGCAAACUUACGUCAUAAAAUUUAUAAAUUUUAGAUAAAAAAACUACACUUGAACCUGAAGCUUAUAAUUAUUUGAAAGAAAGUAUUGGAUUAAAUAUUGAUGAUUUAAAAAACAAGUAAAGAAGGUAAUCAAAUACAAUAAAUAAUACUUCAAAAAGACCUUUUAGUUCUAUAAAUUCUAGAUAAUCCGCAAUCGUAUUGAAUUAACCAGAAUUAAGUAAUUUACAAUACUCUUUAAAAAGGCUAAAAUUUUGGAUAAGACAAAAUUGCUUUAAUGCUUAAGACGCGUUUCUUGAAAUAUGCAAUAAUGCUAUAGGAAGAAGUAAAUACAAUAAAGUUCGUAUAAACUUCGAUUAAUUUUUAGAAACAUCAAAUAAAAUCGACUUAUAAUUAAAUGAAGAAUAAGCCAAAGAAUUAUUUAAUUUAAUAGAUUAAAAUAAAGACGGUUAUAUAACAUAUUAAGAUUGGAAAUAAAUAAUAAAAGAUGAUAAUUAUCAUCUUAAUUACAUAUAAGAUGUUAUAUAUAAAAGAUAAUUACAUACAGAUGAUGUAUUAAAAACAAUGGGUCUAGAUAGAGAAAAUCCUCCUAUAUCAUUAAUUCAAUUAAAAAAUUCUCUAAAAAAACUAGACUUAACAUUAACUGAUUAAGGUGCUUUUAAAGUUGCUAAAGGAAUCUUAUAAGAAAAAGACUAAAUAUCUAUGUAAGAUCUUGCCAGAAUACUCGAUUGUAAAGAAGAAGACGACAAAACCUUCGACCCGAGCUGGUUCAAGGACAUUUUAUUUAAAUUAAAAUAAAAGAUGAUUCACAUGGACAACCCAAACGAGCUAAAAAAUUCCUUCGAGAACUAUGAUGAGCACAACGAAGGAAUACUAGACACUGCAAACUUCAAAACAUGCCUUAUGAGGAGCUAACUAAGACUUUCUGUCAAAGAAAUAAACAGAAUAGUGAGAUAUUUACCCAAAGUAAACUAGAACAACGUCGACUACUAUCAUUUCCUAAAGCUCGUAAAAAGGGUUGACAUCUCCGCUUCUGCCCCUGACUUUGUUUCUGAUACAAACGAGUUCGCCUAAAAGCUAGGAAAGUAUAUUUAAGAUAAAAAAUUUACAAUCCCCUCUUUUCUGAAGACCAUAAAAAGAUCUUUCGAAGACUCACAUGAUGUCAGUUUAGUUUAAGCAUCGUAGUUUCUCCACUAAAAUAUAUUCAAAGGAAAUUCCAAAGCAUAAAUUGAAUUUUAUGUAAAUGAACUAGACCUAGACUGCGACGGUUUCAUAAAGGAAAACGACAUAGAGCUUUUUUUAAAAAGAUACUAUUAUUUCGAACAGAUUGAAUUCGCCUAAUCUUCCUAAACUCGCCAAUACUUACAAAAAACACUUGAUUUUUACGGCGAAAACACAACUAUGAAUACCAAAACAUUAUUUCCGUUAGAAAAUUUAAACGAGAAAAAAGUCGAUGACGUAAUAAGGGAUUUACGGUUUAAAUUAUAAUUAAAAAAUAUGAAUUAUUAUGAACUUUUUAAUCUAUUAGAUUCCGAUAUGGACGGUUUUAUUACCAUAAACGAGUUUUCGAAAAACAUAGAUUAAAUAAUAAAGCUUUCCUAAGCUAUAAAAGACGGUUUUUUUUCCUAUAUGGAUAAACUGUCUAUUGGAAUGGUUGAUUUGAACUCUUUUUUGAAAAUAAUGCAAAAAUCCCUCAUCACAAAAGACCAGUAAAUAAAAGAAGACUCAUUUGACUGGGAAACGAAAAUGCUCUAAGAAAUAAGAAACUGGUUUUAAAAAUCAGGUUUAACAAUAGAGGACUCUUUCCGUGUUUUAGAUAGGAAAUUUGAAGGCAAAAUUACAAUUGAGGAUUUGGAAGUCUUCCUGAAAGAAUGCAUGAAGAUAAAAAAUGAAGACUUAACUCAAGGAAUCCUAAAUAGGCUUUUUAAACUAAUGGACUAGUUUAAAAACGGCAGAAUAACUCUAAUGGAUUGGAAAAGGUUCCUUUUGGAAGAUUUUAAACACGGCAUGAAUUAGAGUGUUAUGGGUCAUAAAAAAAUUGACAACUUUUCAAGUUUCGAUUGGAAGUUAAAUGCUAAAUAAUAACUAGGUUUAGUUCUUACUAGAAGGUUUAGAAACUUAGUUUAGAGUUUUGAUAGUAUUAGUGGAUAUAAAAAGCAUAUGAUAUAUUCCUAGUUGAUGAAAUGGAUCCAAGAAACAGAUGCUUUAAGAGGAUUUGAUCUUUCAGAUAGACUUUCUUAGGAACUUUUUGCCGAUUUAGAUCCUCAUAAGAAGGGUUUUUUGACUUUUAGUGAUUGGUAGAGUACUUUUGGAGGAUAUAAUUGGAAUUUUUAGAUGUAAGAAGAAUUAAGGGAAUAUAUUAAGACUAAUUUUGAGAGUAGUGAGAAGGCUUAUGAGUUUUUUUUGUAAGGCAAAAAAUAGCUUUUCUAUUCCAAUUUCGUAUAAGCAGUAAAUUAUAUAAUGCCUAAAAGAUUCGUAGAAUCUGAUUUAAAAGAUAUGUGGAAUAUCCUUUUAAAACAAGAAGAAAUUUAAUAAAAUGUUUCUUUUGAAACUUUUCAUAAAGUCUUUACUUUAUAAAGGAAAUAAUUAUUUGAAAAAUCAUCAAAAUACAAUAGAAGACCAUAAACAGUAGGUUUUUUAAUGAAUAAAACUCAAAAAAAUUGUGAAAACGAAAUAGAAGAAGACGUGAUUUUCGAAGAAAGACUACUCGAAAAAAUACGCAGAUUAUUAAGACCAACGAUAAAAAAUAUAUAGGAAACUCUUUAAAAAUUAGAUAUUAAUAAUACUGGAAUUUGUACAAAUUUAGAAUUUAGAAAUAUUAUAAAAAGUCUUGAACUAGGUUUAAAUAUGACCGAAAUAGAUCUUUUAUUAAAUUUAUGUUAAAUAGACGGGACAGUUAAUAUAUAGAAAGUAAUAGAAUUAAUAAAACCUUAAUAAAUGGAUAAAAAAAUCGUAUAAAGAUCAACAACAAGAUUAAGAAAUAUUACAAAUUAAGUCUAUUCAUAUUUCCUUUCGCCAAAAGAUGCUUUUAGAAUAUUUGAUUAAGAUCAUUUAGGUUAUUUAAAUUUUGAUUAAUUUUAAAAUUUUAUAAGCAAAGUAUCAUAAUAUUCCUAGACUGAAAUGCCUCCAUUUUCUAUUAUUAAAGAUAUGUUUGAAUAUAUUGAUAAGAAAAGGGAUGGUGUCCUCGAUUUGACUGAAUGGAUGGACGUUUUUAGUAAAUUUGAAUAUGUAUCUUAAGCUUCAAUAUAUAAUUUUCCUUUAUAGUAAGCGAAUAUUUAUAAUACUAAUAUGCGUCCGAAUACUUAAUAGAAUAUUAUGAAAUAAAAGUCAAAAAGAUUGGAAGUUAAAGACUCUUAAUAUAAUAAAAGUUUAAUUUUAGUCAGGAAUAAACAUGAAGAUUUCUUUGAUCAGGUAUAAAGAUAGCCUUUACCACAACCGAUUUAAAAUAAUAAAGAAAAUAUAAUUCUUGGAGAUUGGGAAAAGUCUAAAUAAUUCGAUAAAAUACUCAUCUCAAUAGGUAAAAAUAGAAAAUUUUUAAUGGAUAUGUUCAGUUCUUUGUACUAAAGAAACAUUCCUGUAACUUAUGAUAUUGCGAAAUAAAUUAUUGGGUAAAUGUUGUAAAGUAGUGGAUAGAAGGUGAAAGAGGAAGGAUGGCCGAUUUUACUUAAAUUUGCAGAAAAAAAUGGAAUUAUUGAUUAUAGAUUUUUACUAGAAGUAUAUAAAGAUAGAAUUUAAAAAAUUGAUGGACACCCAAUAAAAUUAUAAAAAAAUUGA